AUGUCAGGCUUCAAGUGGCAUCAGCACCUGGAAAAGCAACAUACAGGCAAUGUUAUCAAUGAGGAUCUGGGCAUUUGCCCUGGACUCCUCGCAUCCUCCCCAGAUCUUACCUCCGCAGCGUCUCUCAGCAAAGUCAUCAUUCCAGAACUCGAAGCAUGUACAUCAGAUACCUACGUCGUCGUAUCGCAGCCGGGCGUCAAUGCAGUUGACUACCAAAACCGAGCGUCGCCCUAUCUACGGAUGAAAGUACUGGGGAAUGAUAAGAGUAUACGGUCAAGUCUUGCGGUCAAGGAAGUGAUGGGAGAGAUUAGCGGGGACCACCUGAGUAAAGUCAUACAAGAGAAGUGUGGGGCAAGACAUUUGAGGGUGGAUGCGUCAACUGGCUCCUUUGAAAUCUCUGAAGACGCGAAACCCAGAGUUAUCAAUCUCGAUUUCCCCGCUCUUCCUUUCGGUAACGCCAGGUCCCAGAGAUUGCUUGAAAACGACGCCUUCCUCGCGUCUGUCCUUGACCUACUCUCAUCAAAUAAGUUCACUGUCAUCUACACUACUACGCCUCCCAACGCUGCUCAUCAACCAGCCUCCACUGAGUCCGAGUCGUAUGAGAUGGAUGCUCAAUUCCAAGCGCCCGUGCACAUGGACCUCAAACGAGACUUUUCGAAUGAAAAGCGUGCAUCUGAUGGCAAUAUUACACUCCCAGAUGGUCCUUUGUUCGAACGAUACCAAUAUCUUAGCCCAGGCCUUUUUAUGGGCUUACUCGUAUCCUUCAUCCUUAUAUCGAUCCUCUACGUCGGUAUCAAUGGUGUUGCCAGCCUCCAAGUCUCUUAUGCCGCUUUCGACAAGGAGAUGGGCCCCGCGGCACAGAAGAAGCAGCCUCAGUAA